AUGCGGAACGGGGAGGUGACUCCUCACUUUUUUGUUUUUCCUCGUCUUAAAGCGGCAAGUGCGCAAGUUAUGGAACCUUCUCGUUUUCAUCGUCGCGGUGUGGCGCAUGCGUUACCGAAGGAGGGGGGGGAAAUUCCUAGUUUGCUUGCAUGCGUUUACGGUUGUCUGGAAUCUUCUGAAAGAGUUUUUUUUUAUUUUUAUUUUUUAUUUUUUAUUUUUCCCCCUUUUUUGUUUUUAUUUUAUUUUUAUUUUUAUUUUUAUUUUAUUUUUAUUUUUUUUUUAUUUUUAUUUUUUUUUUUUUUUUUUUUUUUUUUUUUUUUUUUUUUUUUUUUUUUUUUUUUUAUUUUUAUUUUUAUUUUAUUUUUAUUUUUAUUUUUUUUUUAUUUUUAUUUUUUUUUAUUUUUAUUUUUAUUUUUUUUUUAUUUUUAUUUUUUUUUUUUUUUUUUUUUUUUUUUAAUUUUAUUUUUUAUUUUUAUUUUUAAUUUUUUUUAA